AUGUUGGCCAGUCUUGCUGGGAAGUUGGCGAAGCUCGCUCGGGCCCAGCGCUGGCCCGAAGCACUGGAGGUUUGGCAGGAGCUCAAGCGGGUAGAAACUGCGGAGAGGUUGGCUUGGGCACGGAGUGCCUUGAUCACUGCAUGUGGCAAUGCUCAAUGUUGGCAGAUGUCCCUGGAGUUGCUCACACAGGAAUCCAAAGAAGGAGGUGCAGAAGGAGGAUUAUUGGAUGAAGGAUGUUGCAGUGCUGCAAUCACCGCUUGUGGGAAGGGGGGCCAGUGGGACCACGCAUUGAGGCUUUUCGCAUCUAUGUCCAAAGGCAAAUUGUCGCCAAACGCAGUGUCCUACAAUGCAGCUAUAUCCGCCUGCAGUCGUUGCACGCAAUGGCCAUGGGCUUUGGAGCUCUUUGAGAGAGCACAUAGAGGGAGCAGCGCCCGAAGCUUGGCUGACGCCUUCACCUUCAACGCAACCAUGGCCAGCUGCGGCAAGGGACAGCAGUGGAAGCAGUCCUUGCAUCUCUUCACUGAGAUGCAACGCACCAAGCAUCGACCGGACAAGGUCACCUAUGGAGCCCUUGUGGGUGCUUGCGAAAAAGCAAGCGAGUGGCGCAAAGCCCUCGCGUUCUUCAGUCAGAUGGGAGCUGAUCGAGAUGCCAUUAGCUGCGCAACUUUGAUCAGCGCUUGCGAGCGUGGAAGAAAAUGGGAAGAGGCAAUGGCGUUUCUGGAAAUCAUGAAGUGUGACAGCCUACAACCCUCGGCGAUUCUGCACGGGGUGGUCAUAGGUUCUUGCAUCAAAAGUGGGAAACUCGAAGAAGGUCUUGGGUUGUAUCAGUCGAUGUUAGAAGAGAUGGUGCCCCAUGAGAUCACCACGAGCAGCUUGGUAGUGGCCUUGUCUUCCUCCUGGCGUUGGGAGGAAGCUUUGCAAUUGGCAAAAACAUCGGCUUUGCAACUCGGAGUUCGCCUAAGGACAUCUGCAGCUCUCAUCUCAAGUGUCGCAGCGGCAGAGUCCCUGAGCAAGUGGCAGGAAGCCGUCUCUUUGAUUCAACAAUAUCGUGAAUCAGCCAGAUGCGGCAAAUCCAGUCCGCCUGUGCUUGCUCUCACAGCCGCAGCUGCAUGUACACCACCUGUACAGAGUUCGAGUUUCCUGAAGGAGGCCGGAAAGAUGCUGAAGUGCUCAUCGGUCUUGGUGGAGCACAAUGCGGCCAUCACCGCAGCAGAGCGCAGCAGUCACUGGGCCUUGGCACUUCAUUGGCUGCAGAGCCUUCAAGCAGGCCCUUUGCAGCCGGAUGCCUUCAGUGUUGCUGCUGGAAUCCGAGCCUGUGAGCAUGCUGGUCACUGGCCUUUGGCACUGGAUCUCCUAUAUGGGCUGGAGGAGACUCGAAUUAUGCCAGAUGUGGUGGUGUACAGUUCAGCCAUCACUGCUUGUGAAAAGAAUCAUGAAUGGAAGAUGGCCUUGCUGGUUUUUGACCACAUGCAGCAUGCCAGUGUGUCUCCGAAUGCAAUUACUUACUCUGCAUGCAUUUCUGCUUGUGCACGGCACAGCGACUGGAGAGAGGCGUUGCAUCUCCUGGCUGCUGCGACAAAUGUCGGGCAUUUCACAGCGAUUGCUUGCAAUGCUGUGAUUACGGCCUGUGCCAAUGGUCAUGAAUGGCAGGUGCCUUUGCUGCUGCUUCAGCUGGUUGAGCCCACACUUGUAACCUUUAGCUCUGCAAUCAGUGCUUGUGAGCGGAGCACACAAUGGCAGCACGCUCUACAGAUUCUCUCAGACAUGCAGAUUGCUCUUUUCGGGUAUGAUUUGAUUCCAGUGAACACGUGCAUCUCUGCUUGCGUCAAGGCACGUCAACAAGACGCUGCAGCCAGCUUGCUUCGAAAGGGUUUGCAGCAACCAUUGCGGCAGCAGAUCUUUGGUGAUGACAAGUGCAGAUCCGUUCCUGUUCAGUACGUUGUGGCUUUCGUGUUUGCACAUUUACUUUGA